AUGCUUGCCGUAAUCAUUCCGCUUGCAUGCAUCAGAGAAGGUCAACAAUUAUUAUAUGAAUUACGGUUACUUAAUAAAAAAUCAUAUGCUUCUGUUGGUCAUCAUAUGGGAAUAUUUGGAUCUAGUGCUUUAUUAGCAUUCUGUCUUGAAUUCAGUGAAUUUUUAUUAGUGUCAAAUACAUCUUCACUUACUCUGAGUGUAUCAGGUAUUUUUAAGGAAGUUGUUAUGCUCUAUUUGGCUGUUGAAUAUAAUAAUAAUCAAUUAAAUGCAAUAAAUAUCAUCGGUCUUGUUAUAUGUCUUACUGGUAUAGUGUUUCAUUGUAUUCUUAAAUUCUAUACAUUACAAAAAGAAAAACCUGUGAAUACUGAUUUAGUUGCCACUGAACGAUUACUUCUACGUAGAUUAGAAUCAGCUGAUGAAUGGUCAUUAGAUGGUGACUCAAAUACUCGACGUACAAGUCUUAAUGAUUGA